AUUUCUGCUGGGAGUGAGGGGUAAGCGUGGCAAAUGUAGAGAUGCCUCAGCCUGGUCCCUGCUGUCUUCCGGUCAGUCCUUGCUGACAUGCACUAGGAAUACAAAUACAGUGUGUCUGGGGCGACGGACAUGUAAACAGCCCCUUGCUAGGAAAGAGAAGUGGUGUGAAAGCUCACUUUUGAGCUAGGUUGGGAAGGAUGAUUAAGUUUUACAGGCUGUAUAUGCCAAUAUUCAAACGUGGUGGCAGGAUAUGGGCGUAGCAGGGGAGGAGAAAUGGGUAGGUUGAGACUAUGAAAAAUUGGAAAAACCGCUGCUGCUGCUGUCUAACGAAUGGCUAGGAGAGGAGCAGGGCUGGAUAUAGGAAAACUAGUGGACAGGAUUAUUGGGUGGAUAGGGUGGGAGGUGGUGGAGAUUAUGAGACCUGAACUAAACUAGGAUGUGGAAGUGGAGAAAAGGUUUAGAGACAAACUCAUAGUUGCAGACAAAAGAGUGGUGGUUACCAGAGGAGAAGGGAGGUGGGGAGAAGACAAAGGGUAAAGGGGGGUCAAAUAUAAAGGGUGGGGCAAAAGUAGGUUUAAGGUUGUUAAAAAAAAUAGUACAAUAAAUAGUGACAGAAGGAGACGACUUCUGAUAAUGAGCACACAAUGGAGUAUACAGAUGUUGGAUUAUGAAGUUGUACAUCUGAAGUUUAUAUAGUGUCAUUAACCAAUGUUAUUGUAAUAAAUUUAAUUAAAAAAAGAAGUAGAGAGGCUGUUAGAGGUAGAAUGGAUGGAAUUCUAGAUCUGGACAUUUUAAGAGUAAAAAGUAAAGGAUAAUGUGAUUUUUCUAGUUUGGAAGACCAUGUAGGUCAUAAUGCCAUCAACUGAGUUAGGAAAUUAGGGACCAGUUAAACACAAGAUAAUUGGGAAAUAAAAGAGGUAUGUGUUAAGGGAGAUAUGAGUAUUUCUAGUGAUAAGUUCUAUAGAAAUGCAGAAUAGUAGAUGAGGAACCCUGCUGAUGGUCUCUGUGGACGACGUGGUGGAUGAGGUGGCAUUGGGCUAGGCCUUGCCAGACAGGUAAAUUUUAUAGGAAAGAGAUGGGCAAUUCAGAGGCUGGAAAGCACAAGGCCUAUUCCUGUGUAGUAAAACCCCAGUGAGGCUGGGGCUGAAAUGUGGAGAACAGAUCACCUCAUUUUCCUAUUUUAGGGUUCUCAACCCAGGAUGACUUCGGUGACUAGAUCAGAGACUGUAGAAGAGCUCAGCAGAUCCAUCAGCGUCGACCUAGCAGAAAGCAAACGGCUUGGCGCUCUCCUGCUUUCCAGUUUCCAGUUCUCUGUUCAGAAACUUGAACCUUUCCUAAAAGGCACUGAGGGCUUCAGUCUUGAAAGUUUUAGAGCCAAAGCAUCUUCUCUUUCUGAAGAAUUAAAACAUUUUGCAGACAGACUGGAAAGUAAUGGAACUCUACAGAAAUGUUUUGAAGAUACAAAAGGAAAAGCAUCAGAUUUGUCUCUGGAAGCAUCAGUGGCUGAGAUGAAGGAAUACAUAACAAAGUUUUCCUUAGAACGUCAGACUUGGGAUCAGCUCUUGCUGCACUAUCAGAAGGAGGCUGAGGAGAUCUUAUCCAGAGGAUCAACUGAAACAAAAAUGACUGAAGUUGAACCUACAGCAUAUCUUGGGUCUUCCCAGAAUGAAGUCCUUAAUACAAAGCCUGAUUACCAGAAAAUAUUACAGAGCCAGAACAAAGUCUUUGAUUGUAUGGAAUUGGUGAUGGACGAAUUGCAAGGAUCAGUGAAGCAGUUGCAUGCCUUUAUGGACGAAAGUACCCAGUGCUUCCAGAAGAUGUCAGUACAACUCAGCAAGAGAAGUACGCAACAAUUAGAUUCUUCACCAGCUCGAAAACUGCUCAAGCUUCAGUUACAAAACCUGCCUACAGCACAUUGUUCUAAAUCUUGUCAGUGACCUUAUGCAUCUUUGUGCCACAAGGUGCUCUAGAGGAGAGACAUGGAAAGAAUGCUCCAGCGCAUGGUGAUUGCGUGGCAAUCUAAGCUGGUGAUAUGUACCUAUUGCCUUUGAGGAUAAUUGGCUGAAGAGCACGUUGUUGUUUUCCUAAAAGUGACAACACUGCCCUGGCUGGUGUGGCUCAGUUGAUUGGAGCAUCGUCCAGUGCACUGAAGGGUCACGGGUUCAAUUCUGGUCAGGGCACAUACCCAGGUUGCAGGUUUGAUCCCCAUUCAAACACAAGGCAAUUGUGUGUACAGGAAGCAAUCGAUGGAUGUUUCACUUUCACAGCAGUGUUUCUCUGUCUCCCUCUUCCUUCCUCUCUCUAAAAUCAAUUUAAAAAAAGUUACAACACUUUUGUAUCCAAAAGAAUGUUGUAUGGACACUUUUUCCAAGAAUGUGCAAGAUAAUUAAAAUUCCUGUUUUGGAAUGACCUUUAGAAUUAGUAGUCUAGUCUUUUAAAUAUUCUUUGUGAUCACAUCUCUUCAUCUUGUGUAGAAGUUUUUCAAGUUUUGAAACAUCCAAAGUCAUUUGGGAUCAAAUCCAAUGAAACAUUUUAGGGGUCAAAUUGGGUUCUGGUUGUAAAGGAAUGAGACUAAUUUUCUAGUGUGACUCAGGGUGAUUUUAGGUAUAAAAGUUGUGGGCAUUGAUUAUAUUAGGUGGAUAUGUAUAUCACUUCACAGGAUGUCCAAAUUGAGGAAAUACUACCCAUUCUCUAUGUUCUAAUGCCCAUAAUGUGCUUCAGUUUUUAGUAUUGAGUCAACAUCCUAAAUCUUGGAUUCAUUGUUCUCUGUAUUUAAUAAUCUGCAUUAUAAAAUUGUACAUAAUUAAAAGUUUUCCCUUG